UUCCUGUCUCAAAUGAGGCAUUCCUUAUAGGUUACCCUCAAAGUAAGCCAUUCCCCCAAAUCAGCUCUCUUCUUUUGAUACAAGGAACUACCCGAGCUUCUAGCCGAUAAAGCUUACCUCUUAAAUGCAAGAAGUUCCUCAUUCCCUGAAGAAUUGGGGAAGAAGGGAAGGGGGUAGUCUAAUUCAUCUAAAUGUUUUUUAAUGCUCCUAUAUCCUGGGUUGUAUGAUGGCCUGGCAUUCCCUGGGUGGGCUGGGAAACCCCUAUGCUGGAUAUUUCAGAGAGAUGGAAGAGCACCCUUUCUUUUCUGUACCCCACUUCAAAAACUCAGGCCCAGAUAUAACCCAAGAGGAGGCUAUGGCCCCACUGUCCUGGGAAGGCCGGGACAGCAGGGAGAGCAAGCUCCCAGCCUGGUACAGAGCAGACACAGAUAACAUUGUGCUCCCAGCUCCCUUCGGCUCUGGGGGAAUCCUACUCUACUCUGGGGAGCUCUCCACCCCGACCUGCCAUAUUCCACAGUUGUCAUACUGACCAGUGGGAUGCGGAAUGCUGCCUGCACUUUCACAAGCAGUCACUGUGUCAGUUGGUUUUGCUCAACUGUUUUUGCUUCAAAGGAGUUGAGGGAGAUCUAUCCAGAAAUUAUGGGGGAAUAUAAACAAAGGGCAUCAAAACACAGCAUUUUUUUAAACCUAAGAAAAAAUAGCUGGGGAAGGGGAAAGGUUUCAUCAUGCUCCUCGGAGUGGGCUUCCCCACAGACAGCAAGAGUUUAUUUUGCAGAAGGCAGACUCGGUCUCAAAGACCUCAUCAGAAGACUCAGCAUCACCUGGAAUCCUUCCUCGGGGCUGACUGCCCAGCCCCUGCCUUCUCAGGCUUCUGCUGGGGAAGCAAUUUGAGUCUGAAUAUUACAUCAGCACAAGCCACCAAGACUGUUUCAAGCCUUGGAAAACUAUGCCUGGCACCAGCUAUGUGAAAAGACCUGUCCAGCCAGGUAACUACAGCAUGCUUACCACCAACCAAGUAUUUUUCCCUCCUAUACCCUCUGGACAGCAAACUUUUCCAGUUCGAAUUCGAAGAAAAGUCACACCAUUGGAAUGCCAGAUUCAUACAGGCUGUUUCACUAGCACAGACUUUCGUACUGUGCAUAAGGAAGCCUAUGAUAGCUGGGAUCCAAGCAACUAUCAGCAGCCGGUAAAACCUAUGCACCUGCAAGAUGAGCUUACCAAUAUGUUCAGGAACAGCAAUGCCAAGUUUGAUGAUUCCACUGUGACCAAGGUCUCUUACCCACCACACUUCAAAACCAUAAAAAUAGCUAAAGCCAAACAGCCCACCAGCAUAUUCAGAGUUCCUCAAGAGAAAUUUCAAGAUGUCACCACCAACAAGCAAUUCUUCCAGAAGUGGGAAGUCCAACCCCGAAUCCGCUAUGGAGAUAUCCAUAAUGAGGUCUAUGUUAAGCCUACGCUGCCAUUUGAAAGCUUAACCACCACCAAAAGCUCUUUCACUCCUACAAUUGCCAAAAAGGUGAAGUUAUUCAAACAAAGCAACAGUAUCAAGAUUGAGGGAAACCAUGACUUCUCCACUGUGUACAAGGAGGCCUACAGGCCACCUCAGUUGCCCAGCUGUUCAUCACUCACUCAUCUGAUCCAAAACCAGGACAAAGAAACCACAAACAUCGAAACUACAACCCAACUCACCUGAGCAAACUAUGUGUGGCUCAAGAGGCAGCUCUCUGUCACAAUUUCAUAGCUACACAAUAUCAUAGUCAAACUUCUCCUGGGAAAAAGCCCCCAAUCAGUUCACCUGAAACAGCUCUGACCGAGGAUACAAUAUGUCAUUCUGUCCAGUGAAUGUUUCCUCCUACUUACUCUUUAAGUGAUCUUAGGUAAUUUUAUCAAAGAGUUACUGAGCCAAUAUAGGGAAAGAGGUUCUAAAACUUGAUUAAAAAAUAUUUUUCUUUAAUAGAAAAGGUUUCCAUACCUACUGUGACUUUGAUCUGACUUGUAAAAUAUAUUCUUUCCAUGAAGAUUUUUUUUUACAAUAUAAAAAUGGGAUUUUCUUCAUUCUUUGAAUCUAAACUGAGUCAGUUAUUAGCAGGCCAAACCUAUUAGUACUGUUCCCCAAGUCUGUAGUGUCUCCAAACACUUAUAGGCAGAGACACAGAAAAGUUUAUAAAUUUAAAAUAACAUGGACUAAAAAUACAUGAAACAACAGGAAUAGAGUAGUAUAUCUGUUUCACCUCCAGGUCAUUCCUGCAAAAACAAAUGAUAUCUUCAUUCCUCAUUCCAAUUAAUGCUGUGUUUUGACAUAUGCCAGUGAAGUAGUCAUUUAAGUAAAUAGAGGGCACUAACAAUAAAAAAAUGUAAAUCUGAAGCCAGGGAUUCCUGAUCAAAUAAAACCCAACUGUAGGAAGGAAAUGAGGGAAUGUGGCAGUGAUUAGAUCUACUGCCACCUGUUACUCAAGGAAAGGGACACAGAAGAGUUUUUUUUUUUUUAAAUGACCAAACUUUUCCUAAAAGUGUUAUCUGUAUUUUUUAUAAACAGUCUAAAGAUAAAAACCCUAAAGUUUCAGAAACAUGCUCUGGAUAAUUCAGACUCUUUUCCAGGAUGCUUCCCAAGCAAGAAUAAAUCUCAUCUAUCAGUUCUGAGCUCAGGCUUCUCUUUGAUAAUUCUUGGCCAGAGUUAAAAAGAGGAUGAGCCCCAGCUUGGCAAUAAUGCCAUCUAAUAUGUUCCAAGUGAAGAAUAAGAGUCCCAAUAAGGAAAUCACAAAUGCAAAAAUGAUUCAGAACCGAGUUCUGCUCCAAAUGGCUGAGCAAUGCCAGAAGAUCAUUCUACAGGAGUAUGGGAAGUGAGCAAUGCACCAAAACCCUCCCAGCUGAUCUCUGCUUCUUGAUCCAUCUCUAAUCCUCACUUAACCCUAAGAAAGCCCUUGCCACCUAUUUUCUAGAUAGA